AUGGGUAGAUAUGAAAAUAGUGCUGCUGAAAACGUAUGCUUAUUGACAUACUGGGACAAUGAUGGGGAUAGUGAAGGGCAUCAAAGAUACCAUGAAGGACAUAGCCAUUUGGAGACAACUGCACUUGAUAAGAAUCAAAAUGACCAGAAUAGCGAAGGAUAUAAAAUAUCACUAAAAAUCUUACAUUUUAAGUCAACUCUUUCUGCAAAGCAGUGUGUUUCUGUCAGUAAAAGCUCCAAUCAAAUAUUUGAGCAUACAUACAGAGAGAAACCUUUCCAAUGUAAAGAAUGUAGCAAAACCUUUAAAUUCAGCUCAACCCUAUUUCAGCAUCACAGAAAUCAUACAGUAGAGAAACCAUACAAAUGUGAGGAAUUUAGUAAAACCUUUAAGGACUGUUUAUCACUAACUGGACUCAGGCAAAUCCAUCCUGGAGAUAAACUCUACAAAUGUAAAGAAUGUGGCAAAGAUUUUAAAUUUUACUCAGCACUUACUCGACAUCACAAAAUUCAUACUGGAGAGAAACCUUACAAGUGUAAAGAAUGUGGCAAGGCCUUUAACCAGCACUCAGCCCUUAUUCAACAUCACAGAAUUCAUACUGGAGAGAAACCUUACCAAUGUCCAGAAUGUGGCAAGGCCUUUAACCAGCACUCAGCCCUUACUCAACAUCACAGAAUUCACAGUGGAGAGAAACCUUACAAAUGUCCAGAAUGUGACAAGGCCUUUAAGAGGAAAUCAAACCUUACUCAACAUCACAGAAUUCAUACUGGCGAGAAACCAUACCAAUGUCCAGAAUGUGGCAAGGCCUUUCACCAGCACUCACACGUGACUCAACAUCACAGAAUUCACAGUGGAGAGAAACCUUACAAAUGUCCAGAAUGUGACAAGGCCUUUAAGAGGAAAUCAAACCUUACUCAACAUCACAGAAUUCAUACUGGCGAGAAACCAUACCAAUGUCCAGAAUGUGGCAAGGCCUUUCACCAGCACUCACACGUGACUCAACAUCACAGAAUUCACAGUGGAGAGAAACCUUACAAAUGUCCAGAAUGUGGCAAGGCCUUUAAGAGGCAAUCAAACCUUACUCGACAUCACAGGAUUCAUACUGGAGAGAAACCUUAG